AACAGCUGGUGGCAGCAAUGUGUGUGCUGAGCAGUGGGUAUCGUAAAAGUUCAUGAAAACUAAAAUGAGCUUUUGUGUCUUAAUUUAAGGUUAGACAUACGGUUAGCAGGGUAGUUAAGGUUAAAAUCAGAUUUUAAGAAGAUACUUUUUAGAAAUAGGCGGGGUUUAGCCAUAAUUGUGUGACAACCGGACCCGAGCAGUGCGGUUAAUGGGGAGACAACAACAAGCUUGGCAACAUGAAGGCUUCGCGGAGCCUGGUUUGGGCAGUUUUUCUCAUAAAACAGGUUGUGGGGGAAUAUGGCAUGGCCCAUUUCAGAAACAAAGGCCAGAGCAAAGGAAAAGAUUACUGCAUCUUCUUCAACUCCCAGUGGGCUCGUCUACCUCUGGACCUCAACAAAGCAUCCCAUCUCCAGAUCUAUGACCUGACACCGUCAGCCCUGUGUUCCUCGUCGGACGUCCCCGUGGGGGGCUUCCCCAAUCGUAUCCCCAUGGUAAUGAGGGGGAACUGCACUUUCUAUGAGAAGGUCCGCCUGGCCCAGCUUAACGGAGCUAAAGGCCUGCUCAUCAUCAGCAAAGACAGGCUGACCCCACCAGCAGGAAACAAGACUCAGUAUGAGGAGAUUGACAUCCCUGUGGCGCUGCUCAGCUACACGGACAUGCUGGACAUCAGUAAGACGUUUGGACAGAGCCGAGAGGUGGCCAUGUACGCCCUCAGCGAGCCCUUCCUGGACUACAACAUGGUCAUCAUCUUCCUCAUGGCUGUGGGGACGGUGGCCAUCGGAGGAUACUGGGCCGGCAGCAAGGACAUCAAGAAGCGCUACAUGAAGCACAAGCGUGACGACAGCGCGGAGAAGGAGGAUGAGGAGACGGUGGACGUGACGCCCAUCAUGAUCUCUAUGUUUGUGGUCAUGUGCUGCUCGAUGCUGGUGCUGCUCUACUUCUUCUACGACCACCUGGUGUAUAUCAUCAUUGGGAUAUUCUGCCUGGCCUCUUCUGUUGGCCUCUACAGCUGUCUCUGGCCCUUUGUGAGGAGACUCCCCUUUGGCAAGUGCAGGAUCCCAGAGAACAACCUUCCCUACUGCCACAAGAGGCCUCAGGUCCGCAUGCUGCUGUUGUCAGCCUUCUGCAUCGGAGUCAGUGUUACCUGGGGCGUGUUCCGCAACGAAGACCAGUGGGCGUGGGUGUUACAGGACGCCCUGGGCAUAUCCUUCUGUCUCUACAUGCUCAAGACUAUCAGACUGCCCACAUUUAAGGUGGGUACACCUGUAUAGAGAUCCUAUAAUAAUAAUAUGACUAUAUGUUA